CCGUUUCAGAACCUCUCAAAGCAAACAUGAAACUUUUACUGAUUAUGACGUUCAUCCCACUCUUUGCAUCAGCAAUGGAGAUGAUGCACUGCUCCGAAGUUUGCCAGAAACUUCUCUUCGAACUUGAACGCAAAUUGUCCGAUUCAUCAACUGAUGAAGAAUACUUAUAUAAAACGAUGAUGUAUGAAUGUUCGCAAAAAGUAAGCAACCCUGAUAGGUGGUUUGAAUGGUGUCCAAUCUCUUGCCAUAGCUUUGUGUCAACAGUUCUAGGGGACAAGCAAUUGAUUGGUUUUCUUAAUGCAACUGAGCCCGAUUUGAAGACUAUAUUCAAAAUAAUCAGAUACUGCGGCAACUACGACUAUGGAGCAGUGGACGGUGACGACUACAAAAAAGAAUAAAACUUGCUUUUUUGAGCUACUCUAUCAUUG